AUGCCAUCGUCAAAGGGAAAGCCUACCGACCCGCAGAAGCGUGAGGAAGCGCGCAAAGAGGUGCUCAACAUGGAGAAGGGCGGCGGAAAGGGCCAAUGGUCCGCUUGGAAGGCUUCAGAGAUGGCCAAGCGUUACGAGGCCAAAGGCGGCGACUACGAAGACACUGGUGACAACGCCAACGAAGCUAAGAAGGGCGCUCCCUCGCCCAAGAAGUGGGCUGUCGAGAAAGGCGAGCGAAAGGACCCAUCCGAGCCCGUUGGAACACCCAAGACCAAAAAGGGAGGCGAUGAGAAGGCUAAAGACGAGCCGUCCGAAGAGUCUGGAUCAAAGAGGAAGGCCAGCACCAAGGCUGAGGAUGGAGGAAAGGAGAAGGCUACGAAGGCGAAGAAGCCCAAGACCCAGCCAAAGCCUGCUGCCAAGGGAACAAGAGAGCAACCGAAGCGCAGCGCAAACAAGUAG